CUAUAUAAUGAGAUGCCCCUGGAGAACCAUCAGUCCUGGCCCAAGAGCCUGCGAGCGAAUUGUGUGCACCCAGCGCCACCUCCUGUGUGCUGCAUGGGAGUAUACUGAGAGCCUGGGGGACUCUGCUUCUUCCCUGUUUGCAGCUGCUGGAAAGGAACCACGCUUCAGAGCAGGCGGAUCAGCAGAGGCGUAGCUUCCAUCAUACCUAACUUAAUGAAGAACUGACCUGAAAGGUUCAAGAGGGGAAAGCAGUGCUUCAAGGACAGCAAGUGGUAGGGCUGAGCAGUGACCAACUCCGGCUGUUCUAUUCGCCUUGCCCCUCCAUGCCUCUGUCCUUCCUCCUCUUUCCCAGUGUCUUAAGGCUGGUAUCAGCACGAAGGACUAUUAUCCAGUCUCAAUGCCACGGUACAGUCGGUACGCCAGGAGACUGAGAGCCUCUCGCACUGUGCACUUUCCCAAUGAUGUCGUCUUUCAGGACCACAUCAGGCAGGGGGACCUGGAACAGGUGGGCAGAUUUAUUCGUGCCAGGAAGGUCACUUUGGACACCAUCUACCCUUCUGGCAUGGCAGCCCUCCACGAAGCCGUGCUCACGGGCAACCUGGACUGCGUCAAGCUCUUGGUGAAGUACGGUGCCGACAUCCACCAGAGAGACGAGAACGGCUGGACGCCCCUGCACAUGGCCUGCAGCGAUGGCUACGCGGACAUAGCCAGGUAUCUCAUCUCCCUCGGCGCCAGCCCGGAGGCCACCAACGACGCCGGGGAGAAGCCCGCGGACCUCGUGGACCCUGAGUACAAGGAGCUGGUGGAGCUCUUCGAGGCCGCCACCAUGGACUGAGGCCGGGCGGGGGUCGCGGGGAGCAGCGGGCCUCGCUCCGGGCCCUGAGCAGCGGCGGCGGGGCCGCGCCUCUGCCUGCAGGGCGGCGGC